CAUGACAAUCAUAGUUCGUAGAUUGAAGUAUAAAUAGUAGACCAAGAAAAUAGUUAUAAUGCAUUUGAAGCGAAUUUGUGUUCUUAGUUCUAACUCCAAAAAAUUUCGUGAUCGAAUAAAAUGGAGAUCAAAUUAUUCGCACUGUUAUUGUGUUUGAUAAGUCUGAGUCGCGCUGCAUCUAUUAGCAGAACUGAUUUCAACGAAGUUUUAAAGAAAACGGGCUACCCCGCAGCAAGUAAUAGUGAUGUUUACAAAUACUUCGCAGAAACUACCAGUAAAUUUUCGCGCGAAGAAACUGCAAUGCUGUUGUCUCACUUACUUAUUGAAAGUGCAGGUUUUGUGUUCAAGGAAGAGCAAGCUUGUCUAAGAGGUAACAGAUGCGCUGGAAAAUACAAAGAUUCAGUGGGACUACCCGACAAGAAUUAUCACGGCCGAGGUUACAUUCAAUUGUCGUGGGGAGCUAAUUACAAAGCAGCGUCAAUGGGUUUAGGAAUGGGCGAUAAACUGCUUCGUAAUCCUGAGUUGGUAUCCCAGGAUAUAAAAACUUCGAUGCACGUAAGCGUUUGGUACUGGGAAAAAAGAGUUAAAACUCGGCUCACUGGUCCGAAUAAAAAUAAUUUUGGCGUCACGACUAAGGCCAUAAAUGGGAUCGAGUGUACGAAUGCGUCCUUGCGUAAAAAAGCUCAGGAUAGAUAUAGGAUUUACUUAAAAGUAGCGGAAGUUUUGAAAAUUCAGAAUAAAGCAAAAGAGAAUGGAUGCUACUCGUGA